CAACAGAGGAAGCAGGAAACUUGUGGAGUGGGGUUCGUGUUUGAACUCGUAGAAAUAUCUCGGCUUGCUAAAAUUAAACCUUUUCCUUCAGCCGGUUUUGUCUGGUAUCAUCCACGGAACAAGAUCUAGCAGCUGUACAAAAUGCCAGAUAUUCAGAAGCUGCCAUUGGAGAGUGCCCUGGAAGAUACACCAGAGGUAAGAUGCGGCUUGGCGCGCCAGUAGCGGCCGGCAGCGCUGCCGGCAGCGAUGCAGUCGCGGGCGCGGUGGACGGUGCUGGCCGCCGCCGUCGUCUGCCUGACGGGCACGCGACGCGCCCAGCCGGUCGACUCCGAGCGGCUGCGCUACAAUGAGGUGUACACGGGCAGCGCCCCGCCGGCGCUGGUGGAGACGGUGGAGAGCGCGGCGCUGCAGCCGGCCGCUGGCGCCGACCGCCACCUGCUACUCGUCUCCACGCUGGAUGGCCAGCUGUCGGCGCUGGACCCGGCCGACGGCGGCGCGCUGCUCUGGAGCGUGCAGGCGCAGGAGGCCGGCAUGCUGAGCUCGACGCUGACGCAGAACCUGCAGCUGUCGCAGCAGGGCCAGUGGGUGCGGCUGAUCCCGUCGCUGGACGGUCGGCUCUUCACGUUUGACGGCGAGCAGGUGGAGCCGCUGCCGGUCACGGCCGAGUCGCUGCUGCAGGCCUCCUACCGGUUCGCCGACGACACGGUCAUCAUGGGCGGCAGCCAAGUGGCCACGCUGGGCAUUGACCUGCGCACCGGCCAGCUGCGCUACCGGUGCGGCCCGCACGGCUGCGCGCGCCCCGGCCCCACCCAGCCGGACGCGCAGCAGGACGUGCUGGUGCUGCGCCAGCACACGCAGACGGUGCGUGCCGUCGAGCCGCGCUCGGGUGAGGAGCGCUGGAACUUCAGCGUCAGCCGGCAUGAGCUGGCGCUGUCGGCCGGCGCUCCGGCGGCGGCGGCGGCCCAGCCGGUCUUCGCCGGGCCGCUGGUGCACGUGUGGCGACUGGACGGCGCACGGCUGCACGAGAUCGACCUCGUGGCGCCGGCGGCCGGCGGCGGCGGCGACGACCGCUCCGCCGUCCGGCCUCUGCUCUACCUGGGCGUGCACCAGAAGCAGCUGUACAUCCAGCAGAGCCUGCGCGCACCGGCCGGCGGCUCGCAGCUGGCGGUAUCUCCGGCGCUACGCAACCCUCCGCUCGUCAAGUGGCGGCCAUACAUGGUCUCGGCGAGUAGCCGCACGCCCGUCAUACACGGCACCACCAGCCAACGCCUGGACGCGCUGUUGCUGGCCGACGGUGGCGCCACGGCGCUGGCCGUCCGACCCGAGGAGUAUCCGUAUGAGGGCGGCUACUACCUAUACAGCAGCGACUGCCUGCUCGAACCGGACAGCCACGGCCCGUUCCCCAACCCGCAGCUGCCGCCCGGCGACGAAGACCGGCUAGUGGAUGACGGCGUCGUGUACGUGCUGAUGACAUCACUGUCCUAUUGGUGGCCGCAGAUAUUGCUGCUGAGCGCCAGCAUUGCCGUGUUGCUCAACUUGCUCGUUACCGAACACUACCGGCUAUAUUACCAGGCGCGCGCCUACCACGCCGUGCGUACCAUCCUGCGCCUGCGCACGCCGCGCUACGUCGUGCGCGAGGUGCCCGUGCCCGUGCGCGAGGAGGUGAUCCGCGAGGUGGAGGUGGUGCGCGAGGUGAUGCGCGAUCCGCCGCCGGCGGAGCAGCCGCCGCCUCGCUCGCGCUUCCUCGAGGACUUCGAGCCGGUCCAGUGCUUGGGCCGCGGCGGAUUCGGCGUCGUGUUCGAGGCCAAGAACCGGCUGGACGGCCACAACUACGCCGUGAAGCGGAUCCGACUGCCGGGCCGCGAGCGCGCGCGCCGUCGCGUGCUGCGCGAGGUCGCCUGCCUGGCGAAGCUCGAGCACCGCAACAUCGUGCGCUACUUCUACUGCUGGACGGAGCGCCCAUCGCCGGACUGUCUGGCCGAGCAGGACCGCGUGCUGGAGUCAUCCGAGUGGGUGUCGAGCCGGACGCCGCUCAACUCGCUCGAGUCGGGCGAGCGCGCCGCCCGCUCGGCCAGCGCCGACAGCAGCGGCACGUUCAGCGUGCAGGACGGCGGCGAGCUGGGUCUGCCCGGCAGCGGCGAUGGAACGCCGCCACACCACGCGUUGGCCGAGGACAGUUUGCUGUCGGGCUGCUCGGAGGACGGGCCGUGGCUGGAGCGCUCCGUCAGGGAGGGCGGUCUGAGGCGCGACGCCCCCGGGGACGAGGACGACAGCGUGGUGUUCGCCAACGACUCGGGCCGCCCGGUGAUCGACUACACGAUUCCGGACGAGGACGAUGACGAGUCGUCGAGCGCGGCGGCCAGCCGCAGCGGCCCAGUGGUGGCAUUCCAGACGAACCGCUCGCCGCGCGCCAAUGCCUCCGACUUCUGGGAGGAGGACGAGGGCGAGGAGACGUCGGACGACGGCAGCGCCGUCUACCUCUUCAUCCAGAUGCAGCUAUGCCAGAAGGAGUCACUCAAGGACUGGCUCAGCGCCAACUGCGGACCACGCAACACGCCGCACGUGUUCGCCAUCUUCCGGCAGAUCCUCAACGGCGUCGAGUACGUGCACAGCCAGCAACUGAUGCACCGCGACCUCAAGCCGUCCAACAUCUUCUUCUCGCUGGACGGCACGAUCAAGAUUGGCGACUUCGGCCUGGCGACGACGCUGGGCGGCGAGGCGGCCGGCCACACGCCGGCGCCCGCGUCCGGUGUCGGCACCCUCCACACCGACCAGGUGGGCACGCAGCUCUACAUGAGCCCUGAACAGGUGCUGGGCCACCCGUACGAUGACAAGGUGGACAUCUACUCGCUGGGCAUCAUCCUGUUCGAGCUGCUGGUGCCGUUCGCCACGCAGAUGGAGCGGCAGCAGACGCUGACGCUGGUGCGGCGGCUGGUGUUCCCCGAGCCGUUCCAGCAGAGCCAGCCGGACGAGCACGACCUGCUGGCGCAGAUGCUGUGCCACCAGCCGGCGCGGCGGCCGUCGAUCGCCGAGAUCCGGCGCAGUGUGGCGCGCUGUGACAAGCUGGGCUCCCCUGUGCAGGAGUCGGGCGUGGCGGUCUUGGCUUAG